AGGAACUCAAGGGUGGUAAGUGAAAAUAUAAAGUUGAUUUUUAUGUUUCUCUCAACUUUCUCAUGAGAAGUUGAGAACACUCUAGACCCGAAGCUGGCGACAAGAGGAAUUCAAACUACUGAAUUGCAUUUAAACCCUUCGUUAGUUCGUUUCAUAAAUCGAUUCUCCCUCAUCACAUUUUCAAUUGCUUCAGAUCUAUCUUGAACGGAAAUCAGGAUCUGUUGUAAAGGAAUGCAGAGGGAAAGACAAACUAGAGAUGAAUCAAUGAAUUCAUCUAAUAGAAGCAUGAUGUCCAGCAUUUUUGGAGGAAGGGAUCCAUUUGAUGACCCAUUUUUCACUCGCCCAUUUGGGAGUAUAUUUGAGCACAAUAACAUCUUUGAUACACAUGGUUCAUCUUUGGAUUUGCUACAUUCAAAUGCAAACAGUUCCAAGGGGCUAGUUAUUGAAGAGAUAGAUUCUGAUGAUGAAGGAGAAGGAGAAGGGCAAAAUGGUAAUUCUGGGGUUGUUACGGAUGACAACCCCCACAGAGUUGCCACGUCUAGCAAAGAUCCCCUUAUAGAACAUCCUGAUGAUGAAGAGGAAGUGAAGCAGACGCACUUCAACAAGAAUCAUAACAGGAUUGAUGGGAGCCGCUCCAAGACCCAAAGCAUUAGUUUUAAAAAAGUUACAUAUGGUGGUAUAAAUGGAGCAUACUACACUGCAACAACAACCAGAAAAUCAAACAAUGAUGGAGUGGUACUUGAAGACACCAAAGAAGCUAAUAAAACAACAGGUCAAGCAACACAUAGAAUUUCUAAAGGAAUACAUGACAAGGGUCACUCUGUCACUAGGAAACUUGGUACAGAUGGGGAAGUGGACACAGUGCAGACCUUACAUAACCUUAACCAAGAUGAGUUGGCUAGUUUUGAAGAAGAAUGGAAGGGUAAUGCUGACAUGCACAUCCCUGACUGGAACGAAGAAUUUAACUCGUUUGGGAAGCCAAGGUUUGGUAGCAUGGGACCAUUUGGGUUGGCGCUUGAGGCGGCAGAUGGCUCCCAGAGAAGUGGGAGGUUGAGGGCUGAAAAUCAAGAGCAGACAAGUUCUUCUAGAAGCCAACCUAAAAAGGUUGUUACAAUCAACAUAGAUUGAGUCGAACGCAUUAUAGUUUAGUCAAUAUGGGUUAUCAAUGUAUUUUUGGUAAAUGUUGUUAUAGUUCAUUGAAUACGUUUGUAUGAUUUGAGUUUGUAUGUUGUGGUAAUAGUGGUCGAAAAUAAAAGUAUUGUAUUUGUUUUU